CGUUAAAGAAACGGAAAGGAAAAAGUGGCGAUAUCCGUGAUGGAUGGCCAAAGUAUUCGUUCCCACGCCCCUCCGUCUCUCUCAUCAUCACAUCUCUCUCUCUCUCUCUCUCCUCCUUUCUCUCUCCUCCCUCCCUUUCUCUCUCUUAUCUUGUCUCCGUUAUAUAAUCCUCCGUAUCUCCUCGCCACUUCAUCACAUCUGCCCCCUCUGUGUUUCUCUCUCUUGAACACCUUGCGUUCUCCUUGAAUCCCUUGCGUUCUCUCUCUCUCUUUCUCUCUCUCUCUCUCUCUCUCUCCACAUUUGACCCUCGUGUCUCAGCCCUUUCUUUAAUAUAUAAUCCAUGGAAGAGCUGAGUAACAAGAAGCGAGUCCGAGACGACUCGGACUCGCCCGAGUCGGACUCGCCCGAGGUGAAGAGGCUCAGGGACGACCUCCUCGGAAACCUCGACGACUCAGAUCUAUGCACGACGAGCCAGGAUCUGGACUCGUUCAUGAAGAGCUUCGAGGAGGAGAUCUCGACCCCGCCGCCGGCGUCGGUGGUGGACCUGACCUCCGAGUCCGGGGAGUCCCGGCCGGAGCUAGGGUACCUUCUGGAAGCCUCCGACGACGAGCUCGGUCUCCCUCCGUCGACCACUGAGUCACCCAGCGAGGUGGCCGAGUUGGAACGAGUUCCGUCUGACGCGUCGGGUGAACUCGGUGAGUUGUGGCGGUUCGAUGAUGACCAGAUCCCGAGUUAUGACUCGUUUGAGUUUGGAAUCGGUGGCGGCGAGGUUAACUUCAACGGCGGCCUUAACAACGGCGAGUAUGUUGAUGUGGCCUUUGACGGGCUGUUCGAUUAUUCAGAUCUCGGUUACGGGUCAUAUGAUACCGAAGAUGUGCCUUUGUGGCGGCCUGAAACGACGCCGGCGCAGUAGCUACGGCGACAAACUGAGAUGUUCAUUAGUGGUUUUACUAGUAACAAAAAGCAUAUUGUAAAGUUCUUUUAUUUAUUUAUUUUUGUUUUUGGAUUAGAAACAAAGAUCUCUAGAUAUACGUAGGAGUGGAAGAUCAGAAUCCACGGGGGUAACGAGAUAUUUGUUCGUUUUCCUUUUUCCUUUGGAAGAAAAAAAAAGAUUGGACGAUAAA